AUGGGCUUCACACCAGAGGUUUUCGAUAUCGCCAAUGAGUCUCAGACGGCCGAGACAGCCAAAAAGUACGGACUUACUCCAGCCGAGGUGACUGAGCUUCACCAAAAGGCAACGGCAGCAAAGGCGACGGCGUACUGCCCUUACAGUCAGUUCCGCGUAGGAGCCACACUAUUGUCUAAAGAUGGACAGUACACAUCUGGAGCAAACGUUGAGAAUGCCUCUUAUCCGGUUGGCACGUGUGCCGAACGAGUAGCCUUUGGCAAGGCCAUCACAGAGGGCAUCCGGGGUUUCAAAGCUGUCGCCGUAGCCACCGAUAUUGAGGCUCCGUGUAGCCCGUGUGGCAUGUGCCGGCAGUUCAUCCGUGAGUUCGUGGACCUGGAAACGCCCAUCCUCAUGUUCAACAAGGACGGAAAGUAUGCAGUCAUGCGACUGGAAGCCCUUCUCCCGCUGUCGUUUGGCCCUGAGUACCUCCCACCACCAGACGUUCUGGAGAGGGCCCGGGCCGGCGGAAAAUAG